UCAUUAAUUAGAAGUCACUGCUAUGGUAAUUAUUCACACGAGUCACCCGCCAUAAAUCAGGCGUGACAUACCCUGUUGCCGACUGACUCCGAGUUCGUUCUCAAUUGUUAACCCGACAAUGGAUGUCAAUUCUCCUGGGCCGGGAUUAAACGCCGGGCUUAUGCUCAACGCCGGUCAAACGCCGCUAACUCCUUGCUCUGUUAUUGGAUGAAGAGUUUCUCUCUGGAAUUCAAAAAGGAGGAUAUGGCCGUCGAAAUGGUAUUGAAACCCAUCAUCACAGAUUGUAACGAUUUCAAAGCUUUAUCAGCGUGCACCUCCAUUGGACAAAGAUGCCCGAGAUUGUUGGCAAGGAAGUAGGCCCCAUUGGCUUGGGUCUGAUGGGAUUGACUUGGCGAGCGACGCCACCGUCUCAAGAGCAGGCCUUCGAGGCUAUGCGUGCCGCCAUCCAUAAUGGAAGCAACUGUUGGAAUGGCGGCGAGUUCUACGGACCCCCUGAUUGCAAUAGUCUCGUGCUCCUGGAACGGUACCUUGAGAAGUAUCCGGAAGAUGCCGAUAAAAUCGUUCUGAACAUCAAGGGUGGUUUAAACCCCCAAACGCACCAGGCAGACGCCUCGCCGGAGAACACACGCAGAAGCCUGGAUAAUUGUAUUGCUCAGUUAAAGGGUCGCAAGCAAAAGAUUGACAUAUUUGAAUUCGGCCGCCGCGACCCAGCUGUGCCGAUGGAUGUUACCUUUGGUCUAAUUGAUAGGGAGUAUGUCCAGACUGGAAAGAUUGGGGGAAUUGCGCUGUCAGAGGUGCGGGCUGAGACCAUUCACGAAGCCGUCAAGUACACCAAGGUGGUUGCGGUAGAGGCCGAGCUCUCCUUGUUCUCUACGGACAUCUUGGAGAAUGGCGUCGCAGCGGCAUGCGCUCAAUAUGGGAUUCCAGUCAUCGCCUACUCACCCAUUGGCAGAGGCAUGUUAACCGGCCAGUUCAAGAAGUUUGACGACCUCCCCAAGGAUUCGUUGUUGUUCUCCUUCAACUUCCCUCGCUUCCAGAAGGGUAAUUUCGAGAAAAACUUGCAGCUGGUCGAGAAGGUAGAGGCAAUCGCGAAGAAAAAGGACUGCACGCCAGCACAGCUGGCUAUUAACUGGACGAGAACGUUAUCCAGGCGUCCGGGGAUGCCAACUAUCAUUCCUAUUCCCGGUGCCACAUCAGCGGAGCGGGUGAAUGAGAACAGUAAGCUUAUCGACAUCACGGAUGAAGAGAUGGCGGAGAUUGAUGCGAUUCUGGCGACGUUCACCCCGGCUGGUGGACGAUAUGCUGAGUUCAUUCCGACUAAUACAUAGGGCUAUGAGGGCUGUGUCUGAGUGGGCAAAUGUACCACAAUGAAGGCGGUAUGCGUUUAUGUAAGCUUUUUGCUUUGAAAGUUUGUCUUGUAUCAUUGUGGCUUCCCUGUGAGGUGAGCAGGAUUUAAAUGUACCUAUAAAAUGUCGAUGCCAUGUCAAAGUGGUGCUCGUAUACCUUGAACAUAGCGAACUAUCCAGU